AUGGAAAAGUUUGUGACAAGAAAACUCAAUGCAAUAGAGAUAGAUAUAGUAAUGAUUAUCAGGAAGAAUCUCAAUCUAGAAAUUAUCAAGAUCAACAACAUAAUAAUGAUUUUUAAGAAGAAGAUGCACAACCAAGAAAUUAUCAACACUAUAAUAAUGACUAUUAUGAAGAACAACCAGUUGAAUCCAAUCCAUAUCAUAACUAUGGUUCAACUUUUGUUAAAAAAAAAUUUAAUUAUCCUGAAUCUGAAGAAAGUUCAUAUCAUAAGCAAGAAUACGAAUCAAAUUCGUAUAAUCAUAAUCAUCAAUAUAUCCUAAAUACUUAUGAAGCUAAUCCAUACAUUAAGAAAUACAAAUUAAAACUGGAGAAAGAGAGUUAAGGAGUCUACAUAAAACAAGAAAAUGAUAAUCCUAUGAUAACAAUCCACUUCAAGGUCAUAAUCAUCAAACUAAUUACCAAAAUCAGAACAGUACACCACAACAUGUACAAAUUAAAAAUCAAAAUUAUUAUCAUGAUGUUCCAAAUCAAAUAAAACAAGAAGAAAAUAACCAACAUCAGUAUAAUACUAGAAUUAAUUUUCAAAAUUUUCAUCAACAGUUUGCUAAUCAACCAACUACUAAAUAUGAAAAUAACCUAUUUAAUUUUCAGUCUGGUCAAAAUCAAAAUUUUAAUCCUCGAAAUACAGAUCAAAAUCAUACUCAGUAUAAUAAUCAAUAUUUCCAACCUAAUGAUGUUCAAAACUACAGAAAUGAAAAUAUAAAUAGUCAGUUUGUUAAUCAACAAGCAAAUUUACGAGGUGGUCAUCCAACAAAUAAUCUACAACAUGCAAAUUUGCAAGGUGGCUAUCCUAGAAAUCUUCAACUGUAUGCAAAUUUAAGAGGUCAUAGUCCUUCAGAAUAUCAACAACACACAAAUAUUCUACAGAUAUCAAAUACAUGCAAAUUUAAAAAGUGCUCAUGUUACAGAUUAUCAACAACAAGCAGAUUUACAAUCGAAUUAUCUUACCGUUGACAGUUAAUAUCAUAAUUAUAAGUUUAGUAAUGUAAAUAACCAAAGCUCAAACAAAAAUGCUCAAGUUAAAACUGAAAAUGCAAAUUAUUUUGAUAACCAAUUUAGAGAUGAAACUACUCAAAAUACAAACCAAAAUACUCAUAUAGAAAUUGAAAGUGAAAAUUAUCAUAAUGAUCAAUUUAGUAAUUCACCUACUCAAAAUGCAGAUCAAAAUCAAGUUCCACUUGGAAAUGCUAAUUAUCAUAAUAAUCACCAAUUUAGGAAUCUAACUACUCAAAAUUUAAGCCAAAAUACUCAAGUAGAAUUUGAGAAUACUCAAUUUAACAAUUACAACUACCCAUUGACUGCUCAAAUUGGUCAAAAUAAUGGAGCAAAUCAAUAUCAUUCAUCUAACGACCAAGAGUCCCCCACCAAACAAUUACACUCAAAAAUUGUAUAACAACAAUAUUUCAUUGAAUGAAAAAUCUACCACACAUGAAACAGUAACAGAAUUAUUAAAUAGAUUGCAAGAUGAAGAAAUCAACUGUUUCAUGUACAACAUCAAGUGUUCAACAAAAUACACAACCAAAAGCCAAAGAAGAAGUAGAAGAAACUUUUAGUGUUGUUGAACCACAAAUUAAGAGAGAAUUUGAACUGCCAAUUUCAAAAGAUUAUUAAACUCCUAAUAUUACAAUAGCAGAUUUACUCAAUUUGAAAAAGAAUGCAAUGUUACUAAGCUUUAAAGAAGUAAAAAUUGGUAUGACAACUUUAAUAUCGCUUCCAGUUUUUUAAUCAAUCAUGAUAUUGAGGCUGACAAUUGGGCUUCAUUAGAUGAAGAUAGAGAAAGAAGAGGUCUUUCACCUUUAACACCUGAACAAAGACAAGAAUUAGGAUUCCCUCCAAUAGAUGAACAUCAAUCGUCAGAAAGACCAAGACAAUUUAUUUCAUCACGAAUUACUAAUCCAAAUCAUGAAAGAGUUAAAGAAGAAAUUAGUGAUGUUGAGCUGUCAGAUGAUGAGUUUGAUUAUUUACGAUCUCCAGCUCACCAAUUAUCUAGUUUUUUAUUUAAAAUCAAAAAGAAAGAAGCUUCAAGAUAUAAAAAUUUCAUAAAAUUUAAAUGUGAUAAAAGAUUUGAAAAUAAAUUUGAAGUUUAUAGAAAUAUAUAUUGUUAA